AUACAGGAAAACACAACCUUAUCCAAUAGAAGAACGGAACAUAGCCGCGCCGGGCGAUGCGAAGUCAAUGGGAUUUGACGUUACAUGGAGACAGUAUCUUACUGAAAGGCUUCUGAAAAAUCGUAGUCACUUUCAUAGGAUCUUUGCUUUCUAGUUGUGAGCAAUCACUUCCGGGAACAGGGUUAUUCGGAUGUUGCAGGUGGCAAAUAGUUGAGGAUCCGAAGUCAUGUUUCCGUUGCUGGAGAAGGACAAGGCAGUGGUGCGGGCACUGCUGAAGGCAGGAUCCUGCCCUCGAUGUGUGCUGCGAUUCUGUUGUGUGGGAAACCAAGCUUCGUACAAACUUUCUUCCAAGGAACUGUCCACUGCACUCUACAAAUUCUUGAAUGACAAUGAAUAUAAAUCUGAACCAAUGGCGAAUGAUCAACCACUUUGUAAGAAACUAAGAUUGGAGGAUUGCGAGAAUAAAGAUAUGGAUUUGGACAAAAAUGGAGCAGCCAACGUGCCAUCAAAUGAAGCGUUGUUUGCUGAUGUUGGUGUUCGGACUUGCACCGUGUGUCUGGGUGUUCUGCAGGACCUUGGUGAAAACGAUUUUGUGAAGAAGGUGUGUGGUAAAGUGGGAUCUGCUGGAUAUCAUUUUAGUAGCCUUGUAUUUUCAGUUUCGCUGCCUCCACAGCUCUUGGUUAGAGAGCAUGCCGCUUGGUUGCUGGUAAAACAGGAAGCUGGGCAACAAGGAAGUUUCUUAACAAAGGGUGAUAUUUUACAAAUAAAAGAGGUUUUUAAGUGGAUAACCCACCCUCAGAUUUCUGAAGAACUGGGUGUUCCUGUGGAUGCCAAGAGCUUAUUUGAAGUGAGUGUGGUCUUUGCUCAUCCUGAAACAGAUGGGGAUUGCCAUUUUCUGGCCACAGUGUGUCGUGACUGCUUCAGACCAACAAAAAACAAGCAGUCUAUUUUCACACGAAUGGCAGUGGUAAAAGCUUUGGAGAAGAUAAAAGAUGAUGAGUUCCUUGAACAGUUUCCUCGUCAGCUUGUAGCACCCAAAGGCUCCUGUAUGGUUCAGAAAAUUCACUGCGCCCACAACUCAGUCUACGUGGCAGGCAGAUAUAACAAGUACUCCAGAACUCUGCCACAGACUCCUUGGGUAAUUGAUGGAGAGAGAAAAAUGGAAUCCUCAGUCGAAGAACUUAUCGGAGAGCCACUGAAGAAGCUGUUUGAAGUGAACAAUUUAAAUUUUUCUUCUUCAGGGAGGGAAGAUGUCGAUGUCAGAGCCUUGGGAAAUGGUAGACCCUUUGCGAUCGAGCUGCUUAACCCACAUAGAACAUCCUUUCUUCAAAAAGAGAUAAAAGAACUUCAGCAGAAAAUUAAUAACUCUACUGAUAAAAUUCGAGUUCGGGAUUUACAGAUAGUAACCAGGGAAGCAAUAGGACACAUGAAGGAAGGUGAAGAAGAGAAGACAAAGUCCUAUAGUGCGCUAAUUUGGACAGAGAAGCCCAUUGAAAGAAAUGACAUCACAUUUCUCCAGGAUAUAAAGGACCUAAAGAUUGAUCAGAAGACGCCACUGCGAGUUCUUCACCGAAGACCUCUGGCUGUAAGAAUACGGGUCAUACACAACAUGAAAGUAGAGUAUAUAGAUCAACAUAAUUUCCGUCUGUAUUUGAAGACUCAGGCUGGAUCCUAUGUUAAAGAGUUUGUACAUGGAGACUUUGGACGUACAAAGCCGAAUCUUUGCACGCUAAUGAACACAACAGCAGACAUUCUUGAACUCGAUGUGCUGUCUGUAGAUAUUGACUGGCCUCCUAAAUUGGAUGAAUGAAGUUUAUGCAACUGCUGGAUAAUCGUGCCCGGUUAAAGCUACAGCCAAAAAAAACAUUAAAUAUAUAAUUGGAA